UGCCGGCGUGCCACGAGGCAGAAGGCCGGAAGGGCCUGGAUCCGGAACCGGAUGUGGCUAGGUGCUCCGGGGCGGAGCGCGGGGGAAAUGGCCACUGGGACAGACCAGGUGGUGGGACUCAGCCUCGUCGCCCUUAGCCUGGUCAUCUUCACCUACUACACCACCUGGGUGAUUCUCUUGCCCUUCAUCGACAGCCAGCAUGUUAUCCACAAGUACUUCCUGCCCCGAGCCUACGCUGUGGCCAUCCCCCUGGCUGCUGGCCUCCUGCUGCUCCUGUGUGUGGGAGUGUUCAUCACCUACGUGAUGCUGAAGAACCAGAAGGUGACCAAGAAGCCUCAGUGAGGGCUCUGCAGGGAUGAGGCUGCCGACCCCUCCUCUGCCUCCCCUCUUGGGCAUACCAAGGGCAGGGGCCCACAGUACUGGUCUGCACACUGCAGCCCCCUCAAGCAUGGCUGCCCUGCAGACGCCCCCAGGGAUGGAGCUGUUCAGGACUGGCCCCUGACUGACCAGAACCCCCACUCCUCUCCUGCUCACCCUUCCAGAUCAGGAGGGAAUACCUGGAAGUCUCCUCUCCCCAUUCUGGCUCAGGGUCUGAAAGAAGCACGUCCUCCCUACCUCAGCUUCAGACCCGCUGCCACGUUUUCCUCUGGGUUCUACCCUCUUGCCUCCAUUUCCCUCCUGUCACCUGCUAAUGUUGGAAUUGGCAGGUUCUGAGACAGCAUGUGGCCUCUCCCCCUGUGUCCUUUUCCUCCAUGAAGAUAGCUUUCCCAGAUCCGAUGUAGCCUGGGACCCCACAGGACUUCUAGACCUGGAAAUCCUAGCAGGGGGUACUGACGUGCCUCCGGACCAGGACCAGGCUUCAGGACACAUUAAGAUGGUCACAGCGAGCCUCCAGACCUACUUCUCAUGGAGGCCCACCCAGCCCCUCAGCCCUAGCACCGGCCUGUUGGGGAGCUGGACAAUAAACCUUGAUGGUGUGUU